GGAGGGAGAGGGACACGUGACUGAAGAGCACAGGCAGAUAGAGUGCAACACAGGAUCGGGGACGAGAUGGACUACGAGGCAAAGCGGCUGGAGAACAUCCGACGGAAUCAGGAGAUGCUCAAGUCGCUAGAGUUGGAUGCGUCGAUGACGGCGCUAAUGGCAAACGCGAUGAGGCCGGUGGCAGCCAGCCUCGCCGAGGAGCAUGGGGUGGCAGCCGAGGUAGCGGCAGCGCCGGUGGUGGUGGGCAAGAAGCGGCGGCGGGCACCGGCGCCGGAUGCCAAGGCGCGGCAGAAGAAGGCGCGGGAGGCGGCGGCGCCGGUGAGGCAGUCGCGGCGGAUCCGAUCGCAGGUCGAGGCUGGGCGCGGGGUGACGUCGUACGCCGAGGAGGCGCUCGAGGGCGAGGCGAGGCCGGUGGCGAAGCGGAGCAAGGCGUUGGACACUGUGUCGGCAUCGGGCAAGUCGGAGGAGUUUGACGAUGUCGAGUUUGUGACGAUGGAAGAGUACUUUACAGCGCGCGGCAUCGAGCCCAAGGUUCGAGUUGUGGGCAAGUACGAGGGAUGGGUGAACCCGGACAUUGCGGCCGAGCACGGCAUUCCCGACUCGGCCAGUGAUGCGUGGCGGCAGGGCGGCGGCGGGCAGUUUUCGUUUGCCAACCCGAUGGGCAUCGGGUCGAAGAACAAAGUCAAGGGCGCCAAGCCGCGCGGGUGGUCGUCGGCCAAGUUCUGGUCGUCCAAGCUCCUCUGCAAGAACCCGAACGCUUACUUUUACCGCCACGUCGCGCCGGGCUGCGAGCGCGCGCUCGGCGAGUGGACUCGCGCCGAGCACGAGCUCUUCAUCAAGGUCGCCGCCGAGCACGGCGCCGGCAACAAGUGGGGCCUCUUUGCCUCGUACAUCCCCAACCGUGUCGGCUACCAGUGCUCGGCCUACUACCGGCACGUCAUGCUCAAAGAGGGCAUCAUCUGGGAUCCGAACUGGCUGAUGGCGCCUAACGGAGUCCCGCACUACUUUGGCCCGCGGGUCCGGCGGCGGUCGUAGAUGCGAGAUGCAGAAUAAAAAAUGUGGGACAGA